GUAUAAAGCUGUAGGAUAAACACCAUGUAAAUAUAGCGGUCUUUAUAAUCACUACAUGUAACGUAGUCCUUGCUGUGGAGUUAAUUCUUAUCAAUAUUAAUGGCUUAUUCAUUAACCGAAAGGGUCCAUGAUCUAAACAUGUUUUGAGAUUAUAUUCUUCUGCCAGGCUAGGCUGUCAAAACAGUUGACAAGGGAAUAAGUUGUUCUCGGAUAUGAUAAUACCGACUGGAAGGGAGACACUGAAUAGUUAAUAGCGAAAAUGGCGGACAUACUGAACGGUGAUCCUAUAAUCAUGGAGAAUAUUACAAGUAUUGCUACUGCUGGAGGAUUCGAAUAUACCUGGAGGUAUAUGACGACCAACUAUACAAGAUUUCAGAUCGCGACGUAUGGGUCUGCACUCCUUCAUUUAAUGUCAUACAUUCUGAUUGCCUCCCCAUCUAUCGUUUUCCGAUACAUCCCCUACAUGGAUCGCUUCAAAAUACAACAAAAGCCGCUCUCAGGCGCCAAUGAGAUGAAAUGCUUCCAACUUCUUCUGAUAAAUCAGCUUAUCAUCCACGUCCCCUUCUAUCUUGGAGCACAUUUUUAUUGUGAACUCGUCAAUUUACCGUUUAGCUACGAGACAAUGCCCUCAUGGUAUAUAACUCUGGCCCAGUGUUUUGGUUGUCUAGUAAUAGAAGAUACCUGGCAUUAUUUCAGUCACCGUCUCCUUCAUCAUAAAAGCAUCUAUAAGUAUGUCCACAAAGUACAUCAUACGUGGCAGGCUCCACAUGGAAUGGUUGCAGAAUGUGUACAUCCUAUAGAAACGAUAUUACUUGGUGUCGGUAACAUGUGGGGUGUUCUGUUCUUUGGGACUCAUUUCAUCCUCCUAUGGGCCUGGAUGUUCGUAAGACUACUAGAAGUGAUUGAUGUUCAUUCUGGGUACAACGUACCGCUAAACCCUCUUCAUCUGUUCCCAUUUUAUGGAGGUGCUAAAUUUCAUGACUUUCACCACAUGAACUUGAAAGGAAACUACGCCCCUACCUUCAUCUGGUGGGAUAAGAUAUUUGGGACUGACAUACAGUACAAGGAAUACUACAGACUCAAGAAGGAAGGGGAGGAGGCCCAGAAACGAAAGUGAUUUAUGAGAGAACAAAAUUGACGAUCUAUUCCCAAACAAGGAAUUAUAUCACAUAGAAUUUUAUUCUGUAUAUUCAGAGAAAGUUAUAUGAAUUGUGUAAAUAGUACAAAAUUUUUUAAAUGCCUUUAGAAUCUCUAGUAACGAUUAGAAAAGUGAGUGAGAAAUAUUGGAGAACCGAUUAUAGAACCCCUCCUUAAUCUAGUUUAUUUGAAUGAAAAGAGGAAAUCAAACAAACAUAAUAUAUGAUUAAAAUCUGAAGAUCGCCAUUCCAGGUCAGUUUUUUGCUUAUAAUUUCUCAAAACAGUUACAGCAUACUUAUAAUAACUUUGUAAAUGAAAUCUGAUUUUUGUCUCACCUGCAUAGCAGAGUGAGACUAUAGGCGCCGCUUUUCCGACGGCGGCGGCGGCGGCAUCAACACCAAAUCUUAACCUGAGGUUAAGUUUUUGAAAUGACAGCAUAACUUAGAAAGUAUAUGGACCUAGUUCAUGAAACUUGGCCAUAAGGUUAAUCAAGUAUUACUGAACAUCCUGCCUGAGUUUCAUGUCACAUGACUAAGGUCAAAGGUCAUUUAGGGUCAAUGAACUUAGACCAUGUUGGGGGAAUCAACAUCAAAAUCUUAACCUAAGGUUAAGUUUUUGAAAUGUCAUCAUAACUUAGAAAAUAUAUGGACCUAGUUCAUGAAACUUAUACAUAAGGUUAAUCAAGUAUCACUGAACAUCCUGCAUGAGUUUCACGUCACAUGACCAAGGUCAAAUGUCAUUUAGGGUCAAUGAACUUUGGCCGAAUUGGGGGUAUCUGUUGAAUUACCAUCAUAACUUUGAAAGUUUAUGGAUCUGAUUCAUGAAACUUGGACAUAAUAGUAAUCAAGUAUUACUGAACAUCCUGUGCAAGUUUCAGGUCACAUGAUCAAGGUCAAAGGUCAUUUAGGGUCAAUAAACUGGCCAAAUUGGGGUAUUUGUUGAAUUACAGCCAUAAAUUUGAAAGUGUGUUGGUCUAGUUCAUAAAACUUGGACAUAAUAGUAAUCAAGUAUCACUGAACAUCCUGUGCGAGUUUCAGGUCACAUGAUCAAGGUCAAAGGUCAUGUAAGGUCAAAGAACUUUGGCCACGUUGGGGGUAUUUUUUGAAUUGCCAUCAUAUCUCUAUAAGUGUAUUGGUCUAGUUCAUAAAACGUGGAAAUAAGAGUAACCAAGUAUCACUGAACAUCUUGUGCGAGUUAUAGUACUUUUCAAAAUCAGCACUGCUGCUAUAUUGAAUCGCGUGAUGCAGGUGAGACGGCCAGAGGCAUUCCACUUGUUUUGUAAGUCAGCACUGUUGCUACAUGUACAUGAUGUACUUGUAUAUUGAAUCGCAUAAUGCAGGUGAGACGCUAGAUGCGCUCCUCUUGUUUUUUAAAUCUUUCGAUCAGAUUAUAUAUGCUUGCUUGAUUUUCCUUUUUUUUAUUGAAAUUUUAUUUUGUUGGGGGUGAACUUGGGUUUUGACAAGUACGGAAUACACAAAUGUUUUAUUUUUUUAAUGUUGUUUUUAUAAAAAUGUUAAACUGACUUCACAAACAAAAUGGAGAAUGUAGAACCAGAGUGUUAUCCGCAGGGGUGCCACUUAUAAUUGAUAGAAAGUCUGAAAAUCAUCAAAAAUUUCCCCUUGUCUAAAUACAAGAAAAAUAGGUUUUCUAUGGCCAAAGAAAGUUGAAAAAGCCUGAAUUCACUCAGACCCUAUUAUAAAAAGAGGCAUCCGGGUAUCUAGAAGAUUUUCCUCGGGAUCUGACAAACCAUGUUUUAUCUGACAGUUUCCAUAGAAACAGUGCUUCUCAACCAAUCAAAAUCAAGGAAAGUUGUCAGAUCUGACAAGUUGUUGGAUGAAAAUGUUGAUGAAACGCUUCCCAUGUGUUUUAACGGUUUGAUUAUGAUCUCAAAUUAAUUACUUCAAAAUAACAGACACAUGAGAGUUUAGAUUGAUCCAAUCAAGCACAAUUAUGGAAAGCCAAAGCAUUAAGAUUUCUAGUCAGUGUUUUCUAUCUAUUGUGCAUGUAGUACUUUCCUGUUUUGACUUAACAGUGAGCGUGAUCUUUUUUUAAGCUAAAGAAUUAAGACAUUGAACAAAAUAUGGAAAGCCAUCAAUGCAGAUUUCUAGUCAGUGUUUUCUAUCUAUUAUGCAUAUAGUACUUUCCUGUUUUGACUUAAAGGGAUGGUCCGGGCUGAAAGUAUGUAUAGCUUAAUAGAUAGUGUAGAAUUCACUGAGCAAAAUGCCAAAAAUUUCAUCAAAAUCGGAUAACAAAGUUAUUGAAUUUUAAAGUUUAGCAAUAUUUUGUGAAAACAGUCGUCAUGAAUAUUCAUUAGGUGGGCUGAUGAUGUCACAUCUCUACUUGUUCUUUUUCAUUUUAUUAUAUGAAAUUAGGUUUAUUCAAAUUUUUUCCUCCAAGAACUAGUAAAUUGGAUUGACAACUGAUUUAGUGCAUUAGGUAUUUAUUGCUGCAACUUAUUUCAUUAUAAGGGAGACAUAUUAUUCACACAAAUAUGAAAUAAUGAAAAAAUUAUGAUUUUAUGUAAUAACAUAAGAAAACGGAAAGUGGAGAUGUGACAUCAUCAGCCCACCUAAUGAAUAUUCAUGAUGACUGUUUUCACAAAAUAUUGCUAAACUUUAAAACUUCAAUAACUUUAUAAUUUGUUAUCCGAUUUUGAUGAAAUUUUUGACAUUUUGCUCAGUGAAUUCUACUCUAUGUAUUAAGAUUUAAAUAUUUUCAGCCCGGACCAUCCCUUUAAGUGAGCAUGCUCUUUCUUUUAAACUAAAGAAUUAAGACAUUGCAAAAAUUAUGGCAUUGAUGGAUUCCCAAAUACUUGAGAUUGAUCGGAUCAAUUGUAACUCUUUGCAAGACGGGGCCCUGAUACUGAGUAGAUGUUAGUUGGCAUGGAAGUUAACAGUUGAUGGUAAACAAAUUACCAUAAGUAAAGUCAUUCAUAACUUAAUUACGCUAGCUAUAUGAAAGACUAGUCAGUGCUCUAUAAUAUUGCUCCUCUUGCAUAUAAAUUGUUUCUAAAUCAAGUUAUUAUCAAUAUUGCCAUAAGUUCUAUAUCUCAUGUACAUCUGUGAAUAUCAUUAUUUUUUUAACAGGAUUAAAAAAAACUUAAACUCGAAAAGUACACCAAUAAAUCUUCAAUAAACAUCUC